UCGGUGGCCGGACGAGCGACCUGUACACGCUGGUUAUGACCGAUCCGGAUGCACCGAGUCCAAGUGAUCCAACCAUGAGAGAGUGGGUCCAUUGGGUGGUGAUUAAUAUACCAGGAGGAACGGACUCAUCUCAAGAGUUGAUGGAGUCUUCAAGCUUAGAGCUCACAAUGGCAAUCCCCGGAUUGAGUGCUUCCUCUCAUAGUGGUAGGGAUGUGAGUGGUAACAAGAAGAUGAGAGACUUGGACAUGAACCUGCCAGCUUGGGCACCAGAAGAAGAAGAACUCCCAACUGGAAGUAUCGAAGAUGGUGAAGUGGUUGAAGGAGAAGAAUCAAGCAACCGGCGACCAAAGAAGCUUCAGCUCUCUAUAGAGCAAUGCAGACUGCUUGAAGAGAGCUUUAGACAAAACCAAACCCUCAACCCUAAGCAAAAGGAGGCGUUGGCAACUAAAUUGAAGCUGAGGAUAAGGCAAGUGGAGGUCUGGUUUCAGAAUCGAAGGGCUCGGACAAAACUGAAGCAGACGGAGAUGGAGUGUCAUUACUUGAAGAGAUGCUUCGUGUCAUUGAGGGAGGAGAACCGGCGGCUUCAUAGGGAUGUUGAGGAGCUCCGAUCGCUCAGAGUCGCUCCACCAACCGUCAUCUCUCCAGAGACUUGCCAGCCGAUGCCCGCUUCAGCCCUUACUAUGUGCCCCCGGUGCCAAAGGAUCAACGCCGGGAAACCUUUUGAGGGUCUUGAAUUGUGACGUUUAUAACUGGUUUAUGAUGUUUCAGAUUUAAGAGAAAAUUUUGUUGUAAUUUGAAGUGAAGGUUAGUGUAUUGACUAGUGUUUUGUUGUGUUUGGGUGAUAGU